CAGCGGGCAGCUAACGCUUGCAAGUCUGUUUUGAAUCAAGGACGUAAAUAGCCAACUAAGGCUACUGCAAACUUCUUUAACUUCAUCCCUUUGCUGAUACACGGUUGGGCGUGGACAAUGUCGGCUCCAACAUUAGCGGCAGAACAUGACCAGCACACGCGGACAACCAGCCGUUCCAAGCCCGGAUUCCUGGAGCGUCUGAGUGAAACCGCAGGGGGAACAGUUACUGGUGUUGUACUGUUCACCCUCUCCUUUUACGUCCUAUUCACCAAUGAGGGAAGGGCCCUGAGAACGGCUACCUCCCUGGAUGAGGGUCUCUCUCAGGUGGUGUCCCUGCACCUGUACUCCAGCCCACUGGACCAUAACGACAACCAUCUGGUUCACCUGACAGGCCCACUGCGCACCUUACAGCCCCUCCAUGACCCAAACUACAGAGUGACGGUGCAGGCGGUGAAGCUGAAGAGACAGGUGGAAAUGUACCAGUGGGUGGAGUACAGCGAGAGCAGAGACUAUGACGAGGAUGGAGAGUCCAAGACUGAGACUACGUACAACUACAAUUCAGAGUGGAAGGCAGAGCUAAUCAACAGCAGGAAUUUUGAUAAAGAGAUUGGUCACAUCAACCCGAGUGCCAUGGCAGUGGAGAGUGUAACAGUGGUGGCUUCUGAUGUUCAGGUUGGACCUUUCUCGCUCUCCAAAGGAUUGGUGGAUCAGAUUGAGAACUUCCAGACAUUGAGUCUGAAGGGUCUCCCCGCCCCUGAUUCUGACUCCUUUCUCACGGUUGAUGAGGACUACUUCUACCACACCCAACACCCCCGCAGACCAGAGGUGGGAGACGUGCGCGUGAGCUUCUCCUAUGCAGGACUCAGUGGGGAGGGGACCUACCCUGGGCCAGCCCAGACAGUCAGUGUUGUGGCCAUGCAGAGUUAUGACACCCUGAAGCCCUUUAGGACCAAGUCAGGAGACACACUGGAGAUCAUUUACCUGGAGGAGCUCACUGCUGAGGAGGUGUUUGAGAGGGAGCAUAAUAACAAUGCUAUGCUGACCUGGGCUCUCAGGACUGGAGGCUGGUUACUCAUGUUCCUUGGCAUUAGUCUGAUGAUCCGCAUCAUCCACACACUGGUGGAUUGGGUCCCUAUUCUUAGAGAGCUGAUCAGCGUGGGGCUGAAGCUCUUCGCCCUGUGUAUUUCCUGCUCCCUCUCCCUGCUCACCAUCGCCUCUGGCUGGAUCUUCUACCGCCCCCUAGUGGCUGUGGGGCUGAUCGCCAUGGCUGUGAUUCCAGUCGUCAUCGCCCGCUCUCGCGCCCCGGCCAAGAAACACCAAUGAUGUUAAACGUUUUGAACUGAACGAGCCUCGUCAUCAGCUCUCCAAUCCUUGCAGAACAAUCAGUUGAGAUCCAUUGUCUUGUCACCUCACUUGACCAAAUAGUCCCUUAGCUCAAUGACAGACCCCUCAGGAAUUUAGAUAAUGUGGUCAAGCUAAGAAAAGUGCAGAACAAUGUUACAUAAGACAAAUCCAUUUGCACAUAUUGAAACAAUAUCAUUCAACAAGUUUAGCAAUAACACCAAAGACUUUAGAAGGGAUAUUUAAGCAUGUAAGGCAUUUGAUUGUAUACACCUUAGUACCGCUUAUGAAUGAGUGUAUGUUACAAAAUGUUAAAUAAAACGUGCGUUAAGUUGUCCACCCUCUGUGCUGAAAAGUUAGUAUGGGCAGAUAAUGUAAGCACAGCUCAUUGUUCUUGCGACGCAGACAAUGAAGUGACCUUAAAUCAAUACCUAGCCACCUUUUUCAAGAUGCUCAGACCUUGUGGCGUAACGGUUAAGCUGUUGCCUUGAGUCGCUGGAUCCGGGCUACCACCUGAAUUUGCUACAUUGGUGUCAGAAGUAGGAUGGUGCCUGUGAGGCAUGUACAGUUUAGUCUACAAAUUAUUUGAAAUGAUGUUCCGGUCCCCUGACCAUCCGCUCAAGAAAAGAUAGGCUUGCAGCUGAAUCUAUUUGAUGAUCCCUACACAACUAAGGAUGAUGGGAACGUUGGGACAGAAGUGUUUGACCUCUGGAGUCCAUUUCUCUGGGAUGUUUUCUACACAGGAGAGAAGGGCAGAAAUCAAGAGAAUACUAAUCAAGGCUGUCCAGGACAAUGACCCAAAAUACACCUCCAGGCUGUGUAAGGGCCAUUUGACCAAGAAGGAGAGUGAUGGAGUGCUGCAUCAAAUGACCUGGCCUCCACAAUCACCCGACCUCAACCAAAUUGAGAUGGUUUGGGAUGAGUUGGACCACAGAGUGAAGGCAAAGCAGCCAACAAGUACUCAGCAUAUGUGGGAACUUCUUCAAGACUGUUGAAGCUGGUUGAGAGAAUGCCAAGAGUGUGCAAAGCUGUCAUCAAGGCAAAGGGUGGCUACUUUGAAGAAUCUAAAAUAUAAAAUAUAUUUUGAUUUGUUUAAUA